CUUGAUGAGAGACCUCACAUUCUCCAGGCGAGAUUUCUACUGCGGUCCCAAAGCCUACCUGCCAACGCCCUGCUAAAGUGUCUACUUCCUUAUAUUAGUCAAGCCACCAGCAAAUAUCUUUGGUUCCAACUGUCACACUCCAAUCCAAAUUGGAGAAGGCAUUCACCAUUUCGCGAUAGGAAGGUUUUGCACAAGGCCAUCAAAGCAUAUCGUCAAGAGAACUUUGACACCAUCCAUUCAGCGCCCAGCUCAAAGCUAAUAAAACAAUGCCGUCCUGAACUCUCUCUUGAUUGCAUUUUGGCUCCCAAUGAGCUUUAUUGGGUCUAG